CAACCUUGAAUUGCGGAGCAACAACCAUCUUCGCCCCUUUGGUUUUAAAAUAAUGAAGUUUUUCUCAAAUUAAAAAAAUCAGCAUACUAAAAAUGGAGGGCACUCUUAGCUUUCGGAGUUGCUCUCAGGCUCAGCUCCCUUUUCAACCCACGUCUUUCCCUCCUCAAUUGCCCAAAAAGUUUCAAUUCUUCAAAUCGAAGCAUUUGAACUCAGCGCGGUGUUAUCACCGCUUGGGGGUUGCGAAGGCGCUGGGGACGGGCGAUAAUGAGCACUUUGGAGAUUUUCCAGCUACACCUAACAAGAUUUUUAUGGAAGAGGCAAUUGGUGCCGAAUACGGAGAAGGUUUUGAGACAUUUAGACCCAAUGGUCUGCUCAAAGUUGAUGUGGAUUUUUUAAAUGAUAGACUGCAAGAGGGUUUCCUGCGAAGAAUCCGUUAUGCGAUGAAGCCUGAUGAAGCUUAUGGUCUCAUUUUCUCUUGGGAUAAUGUGGUGGCAGAUUCUCGAGCUCUGAAGUUGGAUGCCUGGAAACAACUUGCCUCUGAAGAAGGACUAGAGAUUCCUGAAGAUGCUAGUGUGCAGCGGUUUUUACUUUAUGCAGCUGCUGAUCAUGUUCUGCAUAAGGUGCUGCCAAGGGAGAACAAUGAAGAUGAUCGGGAUCGUUUGAAGAUGAGGCUUUCCCAACUCUAUUAUGACAAUCUUCUCAAAAUUUCAGAACCAAUUGAUGGGUUGAAAGAAUGGUUGGAUGCUCUAUCAACUGCUCGUAUCCCGUGUGCUGUUGUGUCAAGUCUUGAUCGCAGAAAUAUGGUUGAAACCCUAGAACGCAUGGGGCUCAUGAAGUACUUCCGGGCAAUUGUGACGGAGGAGGAUGGAAUGGAGUCUAUAGCACAUAGAUUUCUUUCUGCAGCUGUGAAGCUGGACAGGAAGCCAUCAAAGUGUGUGGUGUUUGAGGACGAUCCUAGGGGCAUAACUGCUGCUCACAACUGUACAAUGAUGGCUGUGGCACUUAUUGGUGCUCACCCAGCGUAUGAUUUAGGGCAAGCUGACCUUGCUGUAGGUAGCUUCAGUGAGCUUUCUGUGAUAAAUCUCAGGAGAUUAUUUGCACAUAAAGGCUCCAAUUUUAUGGACCUAGAGAAGAAAAUAGCGGAAAAGGCACCGCGCAGAAGGAAGCUUACAAUUGACACCAUUUUCUGAACCAGUUCGGUACAACAGUCAACCUCCUUUCCCUAUUUGUAAAUGCCCUUGUAGUGUUAGAAUCUGUAGGUCUUCCCGUCCUUACCUUCAUUCAUUCUUUAGAUAAAUACAGCUGGUAGAUGGGGAAAAUCUCGAAACUUAGAAAUCCUUGUCUUCUUUUUCUCUAUUUUUAUUCCUUUUUUUUCUUUUGGGGUUUUUGUCUGUUCGUGUGAUCGAGCUGUUUAAUUCAAACAGAUAUCUACCAGCAGUGGCAGUGGAAUUACGAUCCAUGUAACUCAGUUGCAUGCAA